UUCCUUUCUCUAUUGAUGAGCUUGAUUGAACACUGAAUUAAUUCAAUCAGUGACUAAUCAAGUAUAUCAAUAGAGGUGUUAAAAGUAGCAGAUUAAUUCCCCACAGUAUAAAAUAUACUGGGAGGAGAAAAGACUAGGGUAUUAGGAGGAGAAAAGACUAGGGGGAGAAAUGUCCAAGGGGGAGAAAUGACCAGGGGAAGAAAAGAGCGUUCACCAUUGUGGCUGUAAAUUGUUUUGUUGGUAGCCAGAUAGCCCACAGGAUGAAUAUUGAUCUGUGUGGGAGAAUACGACCCAGUCUGAAGGCUGAGGGGGCAGAGAAUCUGAACAUUGAUGGACAGCGACUGUCUGCCAGCGCCAGGGGGCCGUACCUCAAUUUUAAGACCCUGCACAGACAAGAUGCCACGAACACUGAUCUGUUCCGGAGCUCAGUCGAUGACUUGCUCGACUACUUCCUGUCUGGUUUCAAUGUGGCUCUGUUUGUGAUGGGAGAAAGCGGUUCAGGAAAAACAUACGCUCUUUCUGGGGAAGGUACCACUCGCGCAGGAAUCGUCCCCAUGAUAUUUGAUACGCUGUUCACACGGUUACAUGCAGACAGUUACGUGGCGGACAGUUCCCACGUGAAGCGACAAAACCCCAGCGUUACCAUGGAAAUGUUUGAAGUGUACAACGAACUGAUUAGGGACCUCCUUCAGGUCCCGGGCAGGAGCAGCCCCUUGUUGGAGCUAGGGGACAAAGCUGAGAAGGGCACUUAUGUCAAGAACUCUGCGGCAAUCUCAGUGAAGGAUUCCCAGUCGGGGUCGGCCACGUUUCGUCAGGGCCUCUCAAGACGUACUGAACGAACCACCGACUAUGGUCCCGCACAAAAUAAUGCUGCAACAGUUCUUCAUAUUGACCUUCAAAUGGAACCUGUUAGUAAUUUACACAUGAAGUUAGUGGGUGAAAACCCAGCCCCAAACAAAUCGCGGUUCACAAUCGUUGAACUUCCUGGAUUAGAGAAGCUUUCUGACGACCCCAACCAGUUACGCCAGAGAGAGGGACCGGCCCUUAGCAAGGCCCUUAUUGCUCUGAACCAGGUGGUCACACAACUGUCUGCCAACCCCUUUCCUGACAGGGUCAUACACUACAGCGACUCAAAAUUGACCCGUCUGCUGAAGAACGAACUCGGAGGCAACUGCAAAUCUCGGGCAGUCCUCUGCCUCAAACCGAACACGCACCCAGGCAAUUUGACAGCCAUCUUGAAUUUUGCGACACGAGUUACGCAAGUGAAGAAUUUCCCAAUAGUCAAUGAUAGCAACGCUCAGAACCUGCUGACGCAGUACCAGGCACGGAUCAUUGACCUACAGCAGCAGUCGGGUGUGGGACCUGCGCCGCUGGCCGCCAGGAUGACCAACGCAGGGGACGUCAAUGAGACCAUUCGACAGCUGGAGACGGAAAAUAUACGACUCAAAGAUGAGAAUGAACGACUCCGUGUACGAAUGGACAGCAUCCAGACCAAGUUUGGCAGUCUCGCUCACACCAAGACUGACCUGUCAGCGGAACUACUUUCUACAGAGGAAGAAAAACUCAAGAUUUCCCAGUCCCUAGUUGAGAUGCAAAUAGAAUGCAACAAGAUUCAAGAAGAGGCUGAGGCCACAAAGUUUGAACUCACAAACAAGAUCAUCAUGCUGGAGAGCGAGUUAGUGGAAGCGCAGAACGAGCGUGACCGUAGCAACCGUCAGGCGCGCAACUCCAAAGAGAGGCUGCUAGAAAUGGAAAAAGAUCGCAAGGACCUUGCAGAUGAAUAUGUCGUCCUCAAGACAAACUACCUGGCUCUGGUCAGAGAACAUGAAAAAGAGACUGAGAGGAAUGAGGAACUAAGCGUGGAGUUACUAAACCUCGUAAAUGCAAAGGCCGCGCUGAUGAAGCAGGUGGCAGUGCUGAACAGUGAGGGCUAUAACAAGGGCGAGGCUGAACAGGAAGUGGACAGGGUCAAGGCCAUAGUGAUCCAGAAGUCAUCUGGGAAGGUCAAGGCUGACGAGAUUCUUGGGACGCAACGAGACCGCGAAUCAGUAGAGCAGACGCUGUUUGCCAACAAGAAGCGCUAUGAGGGGGAGAUGGACAGACUUCGUAGGGAACACGGGGAGGACCACUCAAAGCUAGAGCAACAAGUGGGUGACCUCCAGAGGGAAUUGCAUGACACCAGGAACCUUGCGCGGGAGAGACAACAUAAAAUAUCAGAGAUCAAUGCUGCCCUGAUUAUGGCCCGCAGUGACAAGGAGGCGCUGGAGGUGCAGGUGAACCGUCUGCAGCACAAGGUCAAGGACCUCGGGGAGGACUUUAGAAUGAGGCUCAUCAAAUAUGUCGAGGAUAUCUCUGACUACAUGGACAAUGGCAGCGGAGUCCCGGAUGCGAAACGCGACAAGAAGAUGAAGACAUAUGUUGACAACAUGCUGAAGGACGUGACAAUGUCACACAAGGAAAGGGAGGACCAGCUCAGUCACGCCGCGCAGCAGUACAGAGAACAGAAACGCAAGUUUGCGCACAAGUAUGAGGAGCUCCUGGUGGCUUACAGGAAUAUACGACUGAUCUGUGAGCAGCGCGGCGUUGACCCUGUUGACCUCGGUCCCGACGAGCACAAAUUGAGCCUGACAGAGUCAGAGGUCACCAGCAACCACCUGAAGGAGAUCAACCGACUGAAGGGUGAUAGGGAGGAGCUGCGCAUGCAGCUGAACUCUCUAAAGAACAAGUUUGGUCUAACUGAUGAUAUGAGAGAACUUGGUGUGAAACCAGGUGAGAAACCUGCAGAGUCGUGGGCCCAGUUACGCAAGCAGCUGCGGGAGUUCACGCUGAACACGCAACGUCAGCUGGAGGACGAGCGCACCAAACUGCUGUCCGAGAAUGAGGUGCUGAAAGAACAGCUUAAGGAGAGCCAAGACUACAUAGACAGCCACCUAGCGAGAUACAAACAAGAAAUCAUCAAGUUACGCAGGAUGUUAGGCUUUGAUGAAGACGGUGCUCCAAUAACUGACAGAAGUGGAAAAUCUCGAUCACGCAGAAACUAACCUUAAGUCUGUGUGCUGAAUAUUCUUUUGUUUGAAAGAUGCGGUGGAAAUUGUCAUAUUUGUUAAGGAGUUAAAAAAUAUGUUAGAUAAUUCAAAGUCAGUAAAGGAAAUGUUUAUAAUUACAUGUAGCUACAAUAAAAUUUGUAAGUGUCAUAAGUGUCAUAAAAACAAAGAUUUUUUGCACGUAGAUAUAUUUUUGUAAGAAAAUUAAUUAACAUUAUGUUGCCUACAUAUUUAUAUUAUUACUGAAGCAUUGUUACACAAAUUAUAUAUGAUUGUGUUGCAUGUAUUAAGCUUUUUAUAUUAAUGAGCCGUGCUCUGUGAUUAAGGGGUUUAAUGCAUGUGUGUAAAGUGUCGUCCUAGAUUAGCCUGUGCAGUCCGCACAGGCUAAUCAGGAACGACACUUUCCGCUUUUAAGAUAUUUUCUGUGUAAAGACUCUUCUUAGCCAAAAUCUAGUUUAGGCCGAAAGUGUCGUCCCUGAUUAGCCUGUGCGGACUGCACAGGCUAAUAUGGAACGACACUUUAUGCACAUGCACUAAGAAUCUACACUUUUUCUGUACUUGCUUUUUAUUCUUCAUACUGUUACGCAUGUUUGUUACCAUUGAUCACAUUGAGUAAAAUGGGUAGAUUGGUCUACUUGUUAAUUGCUUUAUUUCUUACUUUUAAUUUGUGUUGUAAGAAACAUUUUGUAACAUUAUUAAUUAUUUGCAAAAUAUGUUAUACUUUUCAUAUUGUAUUCAUGAUAUUGUUCAUUUGUAAACAUCAUUUUUACACGCCUUUCUAUUGCCCCUCCAUCCACUUCAGAUUAAUUGUUAUAUAUAUAUACAAAAAUGAAUAAUUUGCUGUUUCUGUUCUGUUAGUUGCAGAUUUUUCAAUGAAUCUUCAUCAAUCAAACUUUCUGGAAAUGUUAGUUGACACAAAAUGGAGGCCAAGCUUGAUGUUCAGCUAAUUCACAUGGAGGCCAAGCUCGAUGUUCAGCUAAUUCACACUAGCCCUAGGCACUUUAGAGUUAUUUCCUUUUUUAUAUUAAAAAAAACAAAAUUUGCUGUUACUGCUCACUUAAUUUUUGUACAGUUUUCAUCCAAUACAUGCCAAGCUUUCUGUGAAUGUUUGUUGAAAAAAGAUGUAGGCUUAUUUCAAUAAACAGCAGGCACUUCAGUUAUUAACCUUAAUUAAUAAAAGAAGAGAUCUAAAUUUUCCAUUUCAGCUUUCUUAAAUCAAUAUGUUUCAUUGAGUCUUAACCAAACAUUCCAGAUAUCUUUGGUCACAUAAAAUUGAAGUUUGAUAACCAUCCUAAAAAAAUAUGGCACCCUAUGUGACACACUUUUUCAGAUGGGCGUGAAAUUCUGUCCAUGACCUCGUUAGGAAAUAUUUGUUUUGCUAUAAAACAGCACAACUCAAGUGAAGCACAUAUUUUACCUUUUUCAUACUGCCAUGAUAACUAAAUUGACUGACCCUGAUGCGUUUCAGUAAGAUAGUUCUUACUUAGACACCCUACUAAAAAAAUUAAUUAGUUUACAUACAAUAAAUACUGAGUGAUGCAGAGUGUUAAUGUUUCAAUAUUUUGUGUAGCAUGUACGUCUUAGCUUCAUAUAUAUUAUCUUUGUUUCACUUAAUUAUUUUAUGCCAUUGGUUGUCAACCAGAAUAUGCAAAUAUUGUUCUUGUCUUCCUUUAUAUUGGAUUAAUACAUGUAUUGUGUAAUUCAAUGACAUUGACAAAUAUUUUGUCAAAUAGCACCUUAUUUAAAUAUUUUGUAUUUAAGUUUUAAAUAUUCUAAAUCACAUUUCAUGUUACUCCAUUGAAUUCUAUGUCAAACUCAUAUAUAGACGAAUAGUAAUUAUUUAUUCAAUGUUGUAUAUGUUCACACAUGCACCCAUGAUAAUGAUUUAGUGCAAUUGCUUCCACCCUUCCAUAAAUGUGUAAGCUUUUUUAGAAAAUAAAUAUAUUUUUUUUACAGA